UGCAAACUGUCAGCUGAAGACAAACUGGGAAAGCCUUCGGCCAUCUGAGCACUGAGGCUGUGCUUUUAAAAAAUCAGCUAAGAAGCAGGAUCUCUACUUCUCAACAUCUGAACCAACGACUUGGCAGAUCCGCCUUUAAAUCCGAGACAACACAGCGGAAUUAAAACAGAGUAGGCUACAAGUCAAGCUAGGGCAUCAGUAACAAUAGCAACCGAAUCCCCAUCUGGCAGGGUAGUGAAUUUGGGACCUGAAAACAUCGUUGCAUAUUUGUGACAAACAGCCUGCCACCUGCUGCCCCCACCUUUUGAGGUGCCUUUACCAUGGUGACACUAAAAGAAUCAUACACUUUACAAUAAGCCAGAGGGGAAAACUCCUUGUUCCAGUUGCAUCGCCUCAUAUUCAGCAUCAUCUUGAUCACUUUGCUCACACCACCGGCGCUAACCUAGUGCAGCCAUGCAUCUAGAAGUUAAGGUCGCCCUCAACUUCAUCGUGUCCUACCUGUACAACAAGCUGCCUCGGCGUCGAGCCGACCUGUUUGGCGAGGAGCUGGAGAGGAUACUGAUGUCUCGCUUUGAGGGUCACUGGUACCCUGAAGCCCCCCUCAGGGGUUCUGCCUUCCGCUGCAUUCACCUUGGCGCACCGAGGGACCCCGUGGUGGAGUUGGCCGCCAAAAGAAGCGGACUGGACACGGAGGAAGUGCGUGCAAAUGUUCCUGCAGAGCUCAGUGUGUGGAUUGACCCUUAUGAGGUAUCCUACCAGAUUGGAGAGAAGGGGGCGGUGAAGAUUCUCUACCUGGAGGACCCUCCAGGCCUCGGCUGUGACAGCGAGAGGGCUGAGGGGGUGAUGAGAGAGGGUAAAGGAGACUCAGAGGUGGAGGAGGGCAGGAGUCUGGGCUUCAACCCAGACGCUCAGGUGUUUGUGCCAAUUGGAAGCCAGGCGUCUCCCGCCCUCAUGCCGUCGCUCUCUAGCUCUCCCACACCUCUGUCUGCCCAGUCCUGCCCCGGGCUCUUCAGCUACCCCAGCUCCAGCACGCCCACCGAGCCUGCCGUCCACUCCUCUAACACCUCUACCCCUUCUCCUCCCAGCGGUGGGCUGCCCUACCUCUCCGCUCAGCAGCCGCCCUCAGCUCUUCCCACUGCCCGUCCUCAACCCAUCACCUUCACCACCGCCAGCUUCGCCGCCACUAAAUUCGGCUCGACCAAGAUGAAGAAGUGCAGUGGGGCCGGGUCGGCAGCUGGCUCUGCAGUCGUCAUACCUCCUGCGCAGAGGAUGCUCUCCCACUCUCCUACCACCAUCUCGGCACCAGAGCUGCUCAAGCACAAGCCCCUGUCUCUCUCCUUGCACUCCCUUGGUGGUCCCAUCGCCAGCCAGCUCUCUCCCAACGCCAAAGAGUUUGUCUACCCAGGAUCCCCAGGCCCCCUUUACUUCGAUGUUGACACCCAGCCCAUGCAGCCUCAUGCCAGCCCAUUCCAACCCCCCCACACUCAUCCGUCCUUUGACCCCUUCUCCAGCCCUCCUCCUGCCCAGAGUGUGGGCAUCAUUGGCAGCAAUGGAGGAAUCUCCUACAUGGAGAAGCCGCCGUUUGUCGAGGGAUUAGGAAGCUACAAUCUGCAAUAUCCUAGCCAGUCCUUCCAGCCUGUUGUGCUGGCCAACUAAGCCUUCAUUUGUAAUGAUGAGAAUUGUUAUAGGAGGAGGGGGUGUGUAGGACAAUGAUGCGCCAGAUAUUUUCAGUUUUUCUAACAAAUUGUUCUAAUACAAGUUAAGGAUUAGUUUUACUACAACAAAGAUUUAAAUAAAUACCACAUCCACUGAAUAGUUAAUGUGAUUUGUUUUGUUCCUCCAUAACCCCCGACCCCACCCUGCCCUUUUGUCCGUUGCUGUUACUCAUUACGUUCUGUGUUAGCUUUGACAGGAGUGGGUGGGUGGAGUUCCUUUCUACCUUGAGUCGCCAAUCUCUUAUGUUUAUUUUGCAUUGAAUGUUAAUGUGAGGGAGUUUUAGAGUGUGUGUGUAUUAUUUUUUUUUUGUUUUUUUCCUCUUGACUUGUAGUUUAAUGGACCUCUAGCUCAAGUAUAGCUCCCUUUUUUUUUUUUUUUUUUUUUUUUUUUUUUUUUUUUUUUUUGCACUGCACUGUCAUGCUGUGAAUAAGGACCUCGCCAAGUCCUGCAGGGAACGACGGCUGUGGAAAGCUCAGCACUUUGCGCUGCAAUCUGCUCUGCCCUACUUGCCACAAAUACAGAGAGGGGGGAGCUCUGCUGCGUGUGUGUGUGGUCCUGCUCUGUUUUGUUUUUGCUCAGCGUGAUUGAGAGACUCCUUGUUUGUACGGUGGGCCCCGUUACCCUUGAAACACAUGCGUGCACAGGCACAAUUUGACUCAGAGUGUACAUUGGGAGCAGUUUAUUGUUAGCUGGAUUGUGUACAUGACGUGGGUUUAAAUGAAGUGAGAUCAGUGGAGGGAGCAGAAAUGGAGCAUAGGGGUGUUUAAUAUAAGGGAGUGAUGUAGUAGAAUGUAUUGAAACUGCAGCUGGGAAGGUCGGGGAAACAAAAGCAAAAUCAAUCCUUGUAUUUUAAAAACAAUAACCAUGUGCUGAUACCUCAGUCAUACACACAGGGAUGCAAGUUAUGAUUUCAUACAUAUAUUCAAAUAGACGGACAUUCACACAAACACAUGAAGAUGUCUGCACAUGCAUAUGAUUCCAGUCAGAGGGGGUGUGUGUGUGUGUGUGUGUGUGUGUGUGAGAAGGUGAACAAGCGGACAAAGAGGGGAUGCAGCAGCUAAGCAGCAGGGAUUGUGAUAAAUGGUUUAGCAUGACUUUGACUAUGAAGGAGAGGUUUUCCUCUGCAUGGAGGGGAGAGAAGGGAAGACUGAAGGAAAUGAGAUGGUGAUGGGUAGACGGUUCUGUUGCUUUGGUGGUGUCCAGGCUGUAUUGGCUUAGAGAAUGGCACUUUAAAAUCCAGUGCAUGUGUCUGGUGAGCUUAAAUGGCAUUGAAGCCAGAGGCUCACACUAUUCUCUCCCUACUCUGGAAAAUCUUCAGUGACCGGUGCUCCUCUGGCUGUUAACGAAGAAAAUAUACAUACAGUUCUAGUUGCUCUGCAUCUUUUCCCAGAUGCAGUGCUGCAGACAAAGAUGAAUGUUCUUUUAUUGAUAUGUGGCUUUUGUCACUUUUAGUGGAUAGCUUGUCAGAUCUCCGGAAGUCUGCCGUUUCUAACAUGGUUUGUUUACCAGCUGCGUCCAUGUGACUGGUUAGUCACUACAGGAACGAAUAACCCCCAGAUGUCCGUUUGAGCUGUCCAGCACUUUAUUACUGGGCUCCUGAUUCUGUGUCGCCCACAGACAUGAGCGCUAAACUAUUCCUUUUGCCCUCUGUUUGGUAGUGGCACAUUUUAUUCAGCUGUCAUGAAAUACUUUAUCACGCUGGUGAGGAGAUGCUGUCAGUCUUGUCCGUUGAUUCGAAUGUUUUCUUGCAUCCAUAAAUGUUUUUGUACAAGAUAACCCAAGGACUCUUGAUUUGUGCUCAUGCUGGUUUUGCAAUAUGACAGCUUGUCAUAUGCAUGCAAGUUUUCUUUCUUUUUUUUUUGUUUGGUUUUUUUCUUUCUUUUCAAAGGGGAAUGGGUGGGGAGGGACACAUCUCUCUAAAUGUUUUGAUUGUGAGGGAAAGAUGCAUUUAUAACUUUUUUGUUUUGUAAUUUAUUUCCAAUAUUUCUAUAUUUUUGUUUUUGCAAAUGAUCACUUACAUUUGUAUGAGUAAGACAUGACAAGUCCAGGAAUAUGUAUAUAAAAUGUUCUUAUGUUCAGAUUCUUUGUUUAGUUUCUUACAUGCCGAGGUUAUUUUUUCAGAAAAUAACAUGAAUAUAUGCAAACUGAGACAAAAAUAAAGAUGUACAGAAUAAAGUAUUGAAUGUGUA